AUGUCGUGGAAAGGACAAGUGGAAAGCUUGGUUCAUCGAAUUCAAGACAACUAUAUGCAUGUUGGAAAUUCUGCAAAGGCUGAUAUUCUGGAACGGGAGUUGAACAAAAUGUUUAGUGGUGACUUCUAUAUAUUGGUGUACAAUGAUUGUGGUGGUUAUGACAAACACUCAUUCAAUGCUGCGACCGAUCAAACAAUUUAUUCGUUUCGACGAGGAAAGUGCAAUGUUGUCAUCUAUCGAAGUCUUGAAUGGAAAAAAGAUAACCAACCACAAAUUAAGAAACAGGUCGAAUCGUGUGUAACUGGAGUGGUUCCUAAUAUCUAUGAUUACCAGGGUUUUCCUGGAACACUCAUGGAAACUCGGAUUUAUAACACCGGUUUCAUUGGGAUGAUUGCUAAAAGACAUGAUGUGGAGGUUCGAUACUUCACUUCUGAUGACACGAAAUAUGGUCCGGGCUGGUGGACUACGGUCAAUGUUUAUGAUACAGCACCUAUGAUGAACACGGGAAGACAAUUCGUAUUGAUUGCUGGAUGGGAAUGA